UGAUCAGAGGAUGUUACAACGACUUUGUGAUACUAGAAGACCAAUCGAUGAAGCAAGAUAGUCAUCGGCAUUACUCGACAUGAAAAUGUACCCAUGUCCAACAACACUCCCUCUCCGUGUGUCUCUCUUUCUCUCUACUCUGCUCUUGGUGUCUUUUCCGUCGUAUCUUCUUUCACCCGUAUGCGUAUUUAGCUCGCUAAACUACCCCAUCCAUCCAUCCCCCGUCUUCGUUUUGAUCGGGAGAAGGAAAACCCAUGCGUGUCCGGAUAUUUUCGUGUACGCCCGGAACGCCGCCCAUAUGACAAGAAAGAAAAAAAAAAAGGAACCUCCGUAUGCGUCGCAGCCUCCCCCUCUGAUAUGCUGCUUGUGCUUGCUGGCAACGAAUGUUUCCCCGCCCCUUUCUUGGGGAUCCCGACUACCUGGUCACAAUGGACCAACCCGACCCGUUUUCGUUCCCAAUAGAGAAUGUUGACACAUGCCCAAGCUUAGCCUGAGCAGCCCUGCUUCGGUGCCUCAGAGACCGAGCAGGAUCAUUACGAAUACGUACACAAAAGGGAUUGUGAAAAGAUCAAAAAAAAAAAAAAACGCCCUGAC